GAGUCUAGUGUGACAUUUUUCAUUUCGCUUUAGAAUACGAUUUCUGUGCCCUUUAUGGGAAACCGAUUAUCAGUGAUUUUUAAACUAGCCUAUGGGAAGUGGAUUUUUUAGGGAUAUGAUUUCCACAAAGAGCUGGUAGCCUAUUUAAAUGAGGGCUUGAAUAUGUAAACAUUCGGACGUAAUACCAGAUCUUUUAAAGUAACUUCAGGCGAUUCUGAGCAAGUCUUUCGCAUUUUGUUCAAAAACCCAGCGGAAAUAACUGAUAGCCUGCGAAGAUGUUUUAAGUAGUUUGUACUGAGCUUCACUGGCAGAUUGUAAAAUAACGUCAGUUUCCUGUGCGCACUGCUACGCACUCAUAACGCAACUGCCAGGGGAGACGAGAAGAGAAGCACGGCGGGUUUUAUUAACACCAGCUAAUUGUGGAAGGAACCGGCGCUGGUCGGUAGUGCGUUUUAAGACGUGUGACUGUCGGACGCAACGACUUCGCUCACUCCUGCAGUACACGCCGGUUUACAUGUGAUCAGCUGAACUAGCAGCAAAAGCAACCGACACAACCUUGGAGAACCGAAAUAACUUUUUUUUUUUUUUUUAAAUGUUCAUCUCAAAUUGAUUACCGAGUCAUGCGUUCUCGUGGGAAACUAUUCGCGCUGACCCGUUUCCGAUUAAUAGCGCUCGCGGCGUGUGGAACCGUGAUAUAACGGGACGCAUGAGCCACGCGCACACAGCAGCGCGCGCUCAGCCGGCCGGGGUUAUGCCAUGCCGCGGAACCACAGCGGAGAUGAAGGCGGCUCUGGCCUCUGGAUGAAGACUUCGCCGGGCCACCGCUUCGAAGGUUACGGCGUGAAGGAUGCGGAGUCCGGCGGCAGGAUGAUGAACAAUUCUUUACGCGCAGGUGAUGGCUCGAUGUACGCCUUGCGCUCAGGUGCGGAGAGCCACGGAAGAAAGCAAGGCGCCCGCCUCAGUUUACUGGGGAAGCCUUUGGUUUAUGGCGCGCAGAGCAGCCGCAGAAACGUGCGUUACCGAAGGCUGCAGAACUACUUGUACAACGUGCUGGAAAGACCCCGAUCCUGGGCUUUCAUCUAUCACGCGUUUGUGUUUAUACUGGUGUUGGGCUGCUUGGUGCUCUCCGUGUUCUCCACCAUUCCAGACCAUCAAGAAAUGGCAUCCCGCUCCCUCUUCAUACUGGAGUUCGUGAUGAUCAUGGUGUUCGGGCUGGAGUACAUCGUCCGGAUCUGGUCCGCAGGUUGCUGUUGCCGGUACCGAGGAUGGCAGGGUCGACUGCGCUUUGCUCAGAAGCCAUUUUGUGUCAUAGACAUCAUUGUGCUGAUUGCGUCAAUCGCCGUGGUUUCGGCCGGUAGCCAAGGCAACAUCUUCGCAACGUCGGCACUGCGAAGCCUGCGUUUCCUGCAGAUCCUGCGGAUGGUGCGCAUGGACCGCAGGGGAGGCACGUGGAAGCUGCUGGGAUCUGUAGUUUAUGCACACAGCAAGGAGCUGGUCACUGCCUGGUACAUCGGGUUCCUGGUCCUCAUCUUUUCGUCCUUCCUGGUCUACCUCGUGGAGAAGGACUUCAAUAAGGACUUCAGCACAUACGCGGACGCGCUGUGGUGGGGCACGAUCACCCUGACCACUAUAGGCUAUGGAGACAAGACACCCACCACGUGGACGGGCCGCAUGCUCUCUGCCGGCUUCUCGCUGCUGGGCAUCUCGUUCUUCGCCCUGCCCGCGGGCAUCCUGGGCUCGGGCUUUGCGCUGAAGGUCCAGGAGCAGCACAGGCAGAAGCACUUUGAGAAGAGGAGGAACCCUGCGGCCUGCCUCAUUCAGUGCGUUUGGCGUAGUUAUGCAGCUGAUGAGAACUCGGUUUCCAUUGCUACCUGGAAGCCUCAUUUGAAGGCGUUGCAUACCUGCAGUCCUACGAAGAAAGAACAAGCGGAGACAGCCACGAGUCAGAAGUUGAGCUUUAAGGACCGCGUGAGGAUGGCGAGUCCUCGUGGUCAGAGCAUCAAGAGCAGACAGACGUCAGUCACGGACCGCCGCUCCCCGGGCGCCGACAUCAGCACGGAGGGCUCCAGCCCGGCCAAAGUGCAGAAGAGCUGGAGCUUCAACGACCGCACCCGCUUCAGGCCCUCCCUCCGCCUCAAGAGCCAAUCGCGCUCCACCACUGAAGGCGAAGCUAAUAUGGGAGCCGAGGAGAUCUUCGAUGAGAGAGGCUGUCACUGUGAGAUCUCUUCUGAGGAUCUGUCCGCAGCUGUGAAGGCAGCCAUCCGGGCAGUGAGGAUCAUGAAGUUCCACGUGGCGAAGAAGAAGUUCAAGGAGACGCUGCGGCCGUAUGACGUGAAGGACGUGAUAGAACAGUACUCGGCCGGACACCUGGACAUGCUGUGUCGCAUCAAAAGCCUGCAGACAAGGGUGGACCAGAUCCUGGGGAAAGGCCAGGUCCCAGUGGAGAAGAAGCCGAGGGAGAAGUUGCUCUCUGAAGGAGAGCUCCUGGAGGACGUCAGUAUGCUGGGGAGAGUGUGCAAGGUGGAGAGGCAGGUGCAGUCCAUUGAAUCCAAGCUGGACUCGCUGUUGGAUGUGUACCGGCAGGUCCUACGGAAGGGCUCCAGCCCGGCUCUGACCCUGUCCUCGCUGCCCCUGUUGGAGCUGGAGCAGGCGGCCAACUACCCGAGUCCGCUCUUCAGCAAAGACCUCUCCUCCACCUCCCAGUUCAACCGCUCCGGCAGUUCCAACCUGCCCCGGAGCCUCCAGCUCAUCCUAGCGCCCGGCGAGCCCAGCCGCCGCCUGGCCGACACGUCCGUCUCCCCCCCGACCGGGGCCGAUCCCAGCUCCGCGCCGCCUUUUACCCCGUCGCCGCUCCACCCGCCGGCCACGCCCACCGUCGGAGGGAGCCCGCCCCCCAUCUUCUCACCCAAUAACAUUCACCCCAGCAGGAUGCAUUUUCCCAGCCUAGGCCGCCCCCCUCCGGCCCCCCUGUCGAUGGCAGCAUCUGGCCGGUUUCAGGUCCCGAUGUUUCCACCCCAGUCCGGCCAGACCAGCAACGCCUCGAGCAUCCUUCAGCCCAGCCCUCCCGACGCAUGCCCUCACUCCUACUUACCCAGCUACCGGCAGGACUCGGCUCCCAGUUCGGACUUGGGGAGACCGCAACAGCGGUACCGGCACAAGACGGAAGACGGCUCCUGGUGGCGACGCUUGAGCCUGGAGGCGGAGGCGGAGACGGAACCGCUGGCCCCGCCGUGCCCAGUCCCGGCGCCGAGCAGCGGGGACCACGUGCUGGGGAAGUCCCUCUCUUUCCACAACCUCCUCAGCUCCUCUGAGGUGGACAGCCGUGGCUGCCUCUCCGGCGGCGACCAGGGCUCCUCAUCCGUCGCCUGCGAGGCAAGCAGGAGCGGCUGGGGCGAGGUCAACCUCUUCAUCCGCGAAGGGGACACACCACCCACCAGGGGCGUCGGCUUCCUGUCGCAACCUGCUCCUGAGGCCCCGCGACCAGCAGAGCUGACGACAGCAGGAGGAGGCCCCGCUGGGUGCCCGCGACCAGCGCAGGGGACACGGGGCCUCGAGGUGUGCCACACAUCCAACUAAAAAACCCUGCAGAAAGACCAGGAACUCCUCGGGAUACGAUCUUAACGAACGGCAUAAAGCUCGACAUUGAAGCUUUGUCUUAUUUUAAACUUUUCUGAGGGCAAACGGAGGUUACGUGAGGAAGGAUAGAUUGGGUGGGGGGCUGUAGUUUUAGUUUUCAAAUGUAUUUCAUUUUUUAAUUGCAGUUUUAUAAUUGCUGUUCAGUACCAAUUAAUUUUAAAAAUUAAAAAAAAAUCUGAGUUGACCACACAUAAUGACAUAUGAUUGCAUGCAUUGUCCUUUUUCUAUAUGCAUCUUAUGUUUCACAUAGUGAUAAGGAGAGAAAGGGUUGAUUCAGAAUUUAAUUGAUUUGUUAAAAGGCUGAAUAAUGAAGUUCGAUUCUCAAUCUCAAAACCAUUAAGAAAUCCCGAACUCUGCUUGCAGAGUUGCAUGAAUGUUGCAUGUCUCCAAACAUAAAUGCACGCGGUACUCAUGGCCCCCAAACAGCUGGGAGGAACUAGGGAGCAGAGUUUGUAGACAAGUUGGCUUGUCAAAGAUCUUGUACUUUAUUUUCCAACUCAUCCAGUGACUUUGCCAUUGAUCUAGAAUAGACCUGAGUGAGACCUCUGUGAGGUUUAUCUGAAUAACUUUACAAAGUCCCUGGAUUAAAAGAUUCUUUUUAACUUGAAUAGCUCUGCAUAGGAAAAACAUAAUAGAAACUGUGGGCAGACACUUUUAAAUGUGAAUCUAGCAUUUCAGUGUUUCAGAACUUUAAUGGUUUUCGAAAAUUGUAGUAGAGGAUAAUUUCAACGUGAAGAGGGGAGGAAUAUAAGGAGGUGGUUGUUUGAAAACAAUGAAAAUCUCAACUCAAAUAAACAACAGUAGCAGCGCAGACCUGUGUGUUAUGUCAGCAAUAUAAAGGUUUUAUAAAUGUAGGCUUCAAUUUGGAGGAGUUCAGGUGUCUGUAAUGAGAAAAACGCUGUGGCUUUGUCAAGCCAACUUAAGUGUAACAUUUUUACUGAAAUAUUUGGCAGAUAUGUAGUUUGGUGGGGGGUUUUUUGUUUGUUUGUUUGUUUGUUUUGCUCUUUCUAACUAAUCCAUUGAUUCCUGAAGUUCGUCUCUUUCUUCAGGUCUAAGUGCCAGACACAUUGGAAGACGCCUUUGCUGCUAUACACUGUACAGUUUUGAUAAAGCCAAUUAAACACAAGUAGAAGCCCGAAA